CUACUGUCUCGCUCUCAGCCGCUAUGUGGGCUGAUACAUACAAGCAGGGUGCUUUUUGUUUCCCAGUGUGCAGCGGGCUUUAAAUGAGCGGCUGUUACCAUCAGUAGUGCUCCGGAGGGCUUUUAUCUCCUUUCCAGACAGCCUCGGUGCUCCUCGGCGCUCGGAUGCUGGAAGUGCUCGCCGAUAAGGGAGCACGUAGGGCUCGCAGAGAAGAAGGAGAGAAGGGACGCGGAAGCAAGGGAGGACGCAAGGAAGGAAGGAAGGAAGGAAGGAUAAGGGGAGCUUUUUAAUACCAAAUCGGGACACAUGUUGAGCUAACUGCCCGCUCCACCUCCCCCCCCUCCUCACCCUCCUCGCCCUCCUCUUCUCCUCCCAAAUGCAUUUGUUGCCUCAAUCUCGUCCCCGUUACUAAUUACUCCGCGUUAGGAUAAAGUCAGCGGACCUCUGGCUGCGGCUCCAAGGAUCCUCGCUGGCCGCUUUAGAGGGGGGACGAUCAUGGAUCUCAGUAAAAUUGCUGUCAGCAUCAAUAAGGCCAUCAACACACAGGAGGUCGCUGUCAAAGAGAAGCAUGCCAGGACUUGCAUCUUGGGGACCCAUCAUGAGAAAGGCGCCCACACCUUCUGGGCAGCGGUCAACCGGCUUCCUCUCUCCAGCAAUGCGGUGCUCUGCUGGAAGUUCUGCCACGUCUUCCACAAGCUGCUGCGAGACGGCCAUCCAAGCGUGAUAAAGGACUCCAUGAGGAACAAGGCUGAUUUAACAGAUAUGAGCAGGAUGUGGGGUCACCUGAGUGAAGGCUAUGGGAAGCUGUGCAGCAUCUACCUCAAACUGCUCAUCACCAAAAUGGAGUUUCACAUCAAAAACCCUCGUUUCCCUGGCAACCUGCAGAUGUCAAACAGACAGCUUGACGAGGCGGGAGAGAACGACGUUAACAACUUCUUCCAGCUGACAGUGGAGAUGUUUGACUACCUGGAGUGUGAGCUGAACCUCUUCUUGGGUGUAUUCAGCUCUCUAGACAUGUCACGGUCGGUGUCGGUGACAGCGGCGGGCCAGUGUCGCCUGGCCCCCCUCAUACAAGUCAUCCUGGACAGCAGCCACCUGUAUGACUACACCGUCAAGCUGCUGUUUAAGCUGCAUUCCUGCCUUCCGGCAGACACUCUCCAGGGCCACAGAGAUCGCUUCCAGGAACAGUUUAAGAAGUUAAAGAGUCUGUUUUAUCGCUCCAGUAACUUGCAGUAUUUCAAGAGGCUGAUUCAGAUCCCACAGUUGCCUGAGAACCCUCCCAACUUCCUGCGUGCGUCGGCUCUGUCGGAGCACAUCAGCCCUGUGGUCGUGAUCCCUGCCGAGUCGUCGUCACCGGAGUCGGAGCAUGUGGUGGAGACAGACGACCUGGUGGACACGGACGUCCCCGUGCUGCCGGCUGCUUUGGAGACCAAGUUUGACGACCUGUUUGGUACCUCAGCUGCUAUAGACCCCUUCAACUUCAACAGUCAGAACGGCAUGCGGAAAGACGACAAAGACCGUCUGAUUGAACAGCUGACGAGGGAAAUCCAGGCCCUUAAAGAAGAGCUGGAGUCUUUCAGACUGGAGAGUGGACGCUUGUGUCAGGCGCUGAGGGGGCGUGUCAGCGAGCUGGAGGCGGAGCUUGCAGAGCAGAGUCACCUAAGGCUGCAGGCUGCAGGGGAGAGCGAGUUCCUGAAGGCAGAGCUGGACGACCUGCGGAGGGUCAGAGAGGACACGGAGAAGGAGCAGCGGAGCCUGACAGAGAUAGAGAAAAAAGCUCAGGCCAAUGAGCAGCGCUACACCAAACUGAAGGAGAAGUACACAGAGCUUGUUCAAAGUCACGCAGACCUGCUGAGGAAGAACGCAGAGGUGACCAGGCAGAUGACGGUGGCUCGGGCAGCACAAGAUGAAGUGGAUGCAGUAAGGAGAGAGAUGCAAGAGAAGGUGAAGGCCGCUCAGGAGGCUGCAGACAGACAAGAGAGGGAACAGCUGGAUCAGCUUCAGGAACUCCAGAGAGAGCUGGUGUCCAGCAGGGUGGAGCUGGACUCCCUGAAGACCACCAUGGCUUCGUCACAACAGGCUUCCAGUGAGGUGCUCAGCACGCAGCUGGUCGCCCUGGAGUCUGAGAAGGCGGAGCUGGUGCAGUCCUUGUCGAAGGUGGAGGCGGAGCUGGCUGUUCGGGGGGAGGAGCUAGAGCAAGUCCAGACGUCACUGGCAACUGAGAGGGAGAGUGGGGUGAAGACAGCAGAAGCCCUGCAGAAUCAGCUCAAUGAGAAGGAGAGUAGGGAGCAGGCGUUGGAGAGCCAGCUGGAAGCAGCUCGAUGGUCCAGUCUGCAGGGAGCUGUGGAGGAGGCGGAGAAGAUCAUCCAGGACUCUCUGGCUCAGAUAGACGACCCAGCACACAUCAGCUGCACCAGCUCCGCGGACUACCUAGCAUCCAGAUGUCAGGCCUCUUUAGACUGUAUGGACCGACUCAACUCUACCAGAGAAACCUUCCUGGCCGACAACACAGGUGUAUCUGAGCUGGUGCGAGUGGUCACCCAGUGCGGCCACCUGGUGGGGGACACUAUCGUUCAGGGUAGUGCCACCUCCCACAUGGUGCCUGUAGAGCAAGCUGAUGCCCUGUCAGAGAGUGUGAAGUCGUGCGGGGCCGAAGCUCUGGCUGUGCUGGGCCAGAUGAAGCAGCAGGACAGCCUGGCUGCAGCAGACAACAGCAAGCUGAAGGCAGCUCUGGAGGCCAUCCUGGCCACUGCAGAGAAACUGCGUCCUCGGGGUUUGGAGCUCCAGCAGGGGGAACUGGGAGAUCUCGUGGAGCAGGAAAUGGCUGCCACUUCCGCUGCUGUGGAAUCGGCAGCUGCCAGGAUAGAGGAAAUGCUCAACAAGUCUCGUGCAGUUGAUACAGGAAUCAAGAUGGAGGUCAAUGAGAGGAUUUUGGCCUCCUGCACGGAGCUGAUGCAGGCGAUCAAGGAGCUCAUUCUGUCUUCCAAAACUCUGCAAAGGGACAUCGUGGAGAGCGGCAGGGGGGCAGCCUCCAUGAAGGAAUUUUAUGCCAAGAACUCCCGCUGGACUGAGGGCCUGAUCUCUGCUUCCAAAGCAGUGGGAUGGGGCGCCACGGUCAUGGUAGAUGCCGCUGAUCUGGUGGUGCAGGGCAAAGGGAAGUUUGAGGAGUUGAUGGUGUGCUCUCAUGAAAUAGCUGCCAGCACAGCACAGCUAGUGGCUGCCUCUAAGGUUAAAGCAGACAAAGACAGCACCAACCUGCACCGUCUGCAGCACGCGUCCCGCGGCGUCACACAGGCCACCGCAGCUGUCGUGGCCUCCACCAAGUCUGGGAAAUCCCAGAUUGAAGAGACGGAUACAAUGGACUUCUCCAGCAUGACUCUCACCCAGAUCAAACGGCAAGAGAUGGAUGCACAGGUUCUGGUCCUGGAGCUGGAGACCCGUCUGCAGAAGGAGCGCGAGCGUCUCGGCGAGCUGAGGAAGAAACAUUACGAGCUGGCUGGGGUAGCAGAAGGCUGGGGCGAGGGAGAAGAGGGCACAGGUUGAGACCCUGCCUCCUCUGUCAUCCCCCUCCUCUACCAGAAAACCGGCUUCUGUCUGCCUCUUUCUAUUUAUACACACACUUUUCAGUCUCUUUCUCCCUUGUUUUCUUCUCUCUUUUUUUUUGUUUGUUAUCUAAGCCAAAUUAAAAGGUGCUUCUUUCUAAACCUGCUUCUCCACCCGCGUCCGUAAUCUUCCAAUCUUCCAUAGAGGACAGCACCAAGGGCUCAGCGCCGGGAGAGGGGCGUUAAAAGGAGGAACUAAUGGAUGUAAGGAAGAAGAGACACAGCCUGACUUCACAGCCUCUUCUCCCCCAGGACUGUGUUGGUGCAAAGCAGUCAUGAAGUGAAGUGGAUCCGAGUAUUUACUGUCUUUUUUUCUUCUCCCCGGUUUUUAACAACGGCGCUCCAUUGAGGGGGGAGUCACAGCAGGGACGCUACGAGCACAAGUUCUACUCAAAACAUCCCAGGAUGCAUUGCACAAGCUCUCAGCAGCAAGAGGGGGAGAUCAGUGACUGUCUGGUCCAAAAUCAUGUCUCUGUGUAACAUAGAUGGCAUGCAUGCUCUCCUACUAAACGUUUGUCCCACGUUGUGAGCGUAUAAAGCUGUUGGAGCCCGAGCUGCUCUUUAUCUCUCUUUAUUUUACUCCCUACUUUCUUCCUCUGCUUUUCUCACUGUGAGUUAUCACCUUAUUAAGUCCAUACCACUUCACUGGCUGGUUCACUGGACUUUCUGCCUUUCACCUCCCUACCAUUGUAAUGACCUGUGACUGUUAACUUGAGACGACCCCUUCUUUUUUCUUUUUUAACAGAAGUUUGCAUGGAAACUUUUAAAAACCGCUUCAGACUGUCAGCGCGCGGAGGAGUCGGGGAGUCGUUUUCUCUUAACAGUCUUCUCCCUCUGAGCUUUUGAGACUCCCAACUACCUCAUGCUACAUCAUCAGAGGUAGCGGUGCAUCAUGGGUAGGUCUGAUGAGGGAGAACCGUUGCCCAAACACUAAUGACAAGGGGUCAUUUUUGUCUUUUCCCCUUUUUAUUGGUUAAAGGAAGGAAAGAGGGUCGUGGGAAGAAAACCUCUUUUUAUACAGAAAAAAACACUUUUGGGUCUGCUAAUUUGUUUCCUAAGGCAGCAACAGUUGCGAAGGAAGUCUGGCAGAAAAGUUGUCAAAUAAAGUUUAUGACCUUCAUUGGUGCAUAUUUUUUUUUUUUUUUU